AUGGCCACCAUGAAAGGCUCUUCAGAGAAACCAAGUUUUUUUCAUCCCAUCAGGUCAAGUUUCAAGCAAGGAAUUAGUCUUCCUAAUGAACUUUUGAAGCAUCUGAAGGGACAUGAUCAGUAUGAACAUGCAAUACUGAGAUGGGCAGAUAAAGAGUGGCUGGUAAAAUUGAACGGUGUAAGACUAGAAGAUGGUCUUGAAAAGUUUGCAGAGCAAAAUAAUUUGGAGGAGGGAGAUACCUUGGUGUUCAAACAUGAAGGAGAUAUGAAAUUUGAAGUUCUCAGGUUUGAUUUAUCUAAUCAAUGUGAGAUAGAAGAACAACAAAAAGCACAAAAAGUUGACAAGACUUCUGAGAGAUCUAAAUCCAAAGGAGCUGCUACGCAGGAGCAUUUAGAUCAUUCCCGUUUUGUUUGUACUAUUAGACCAUAUUGUUUUAAAUAUGGUUACUUGUGUCUUCCUAUAGCAUUUGUAUUGAACAACAAUCUCCGGGACAAGAUAGGCAAUUUGAUUAUUAGAGAUGAAAAACAGAGAUCGUGGAAUUUAAGACUAAAUUCUUUUAGUCCGAAACGAUUCGUUCUUAAUGGUGGAUGGGCUGAAUUUAGUGUUGCAAAUGAUAUAAAGGAGGGAGAUGAAGUAAUGUUUGAGAUUGUUACUAAUGAAGAGAAACCAAUAUGGCAAUAUCAGAAAAAAUCAAACCACAACAUCAAGUCAUCUCUCCUUGCAGAGCCCCCAAAAGUCAAGUCGGGAGAACUUUCUCAAAGACAAGAUUUUGAAGAUCUGACGUUAGAAGUUGGUACCAGCAAGAUUUUUGGUAAUUCAAAUAACAACAUCGAGUCAUCUCCCCUUGCGAAUCUCCCAAAAUCCAAGUCGAGGGAACUUCCUCAAAGACAGGAGUUUGAAGAUCAGAUGUUAGAAGUUGUUACUCACGAGUCUUUUGACAAAUCAAACCACAACAUCAAGCUAUCUCCCCUUGCUAAUCCCCCUAAAUCUAAUUCGAGGAAACGUGCUCAAAGAGAUGAUUUUGAAGAUCACCCGUUAGAAGUUAUUACUUACAAGUCUUUUGAGCCCUCUAAAUCCAAAUCGGUGAGACUUCAUCAAAGACAAGAAUUUGAAGAACGAACAUUAGAAGUUGCUACUCACAAGUCUUUUGAUAAACCAAACCACAAAAAAAUCAAGUCAUCGCCCCUUGCAGAGCCCUCUCAAUCCAAGUCGAGAGGACUUCCUCAAAAACAGAAUUUUGAAGAUCAGACAAUAGAAGUUGUUACUCACAAGCCUCUUGACAAACCAAACUACUCCAUCACUUCAUCAAAAGAGGCAUCUCCCCUUGAAGUAGUUCCUCACAAAUCUCAUGGUCAUUCUUAUUUUGUAACCAUUGUUAGUCCCUAUUGCCUCGUAAGUGAUACCUUGUUAAUCCCUGAAGAAUUUGCAUUGGCAAAUGGUCUCUUCAACAUCAAGAAGUGCGAUUUGAUUAUCAGAGAUGAAAACGAGAGGUUGUGGAAUGUUACAUUACGUACACAUAAUACUUAUGUUAUUAUUAAAGAUGGAUGGAAAAAAAUUCGCGAUGCACAUUGCUUAAAGGAGGGAGAUCGCAUAAUGUUUGAGGUUGUUACUGGUGGAAAUAAACCAAUAUGGAAAUUUCAUGGCAAAAUUUCCGAAGAACUUGCAAGUAUCAUUCAACAGGAUAGACUGAACAAUGAAUGA